AUGAAGGACACUGCAAAGACAACGACGGAUACUGUCAGCAUCAGCCGUGAAAUAGAAAACAUACCUGAAGCAAAACCAACGGAUUCAAUUGGUAUUCAUUUUCUUCAACAGCAACUGGCUGCUCUUCGUGACCCAAAGGCGACUUUGAACAUGGAACCUUAUGAGCUUCAAUUGGCUCUAGAACGACAAGGUUAUGAAAUGGCUUUACAACGUCUUUUAUAUACCAGAGAACAGAGUCUGGAGAGAGGAGAUGUAUUGAGCGCCAUGCAUUUGACACCACUCAAGAGAAUUAUGUGGAACUGGCAUCAAAACAUGGUACUUUUACUCGAAGAAGAAAUCAAACGUUGUGACAAUCUCCAGGGCCGUGAUUCAGAACGACGCACCUAUGGACCGUUUUUGAAACUCCUACCUAAAGAAACACUUUCCAUGGUCACCAUUUUAGAACUAUUACGACUUCACAAUUCUUCUGGUAUUAGCGAUGGUAUGAAAACAGCUCGUGCUAUUAUAGAUGUGGGAAAAGCAGUAGAAAUGGAGUACAAUGCAAUUCAGAUGAAGAAGAAUACUAGAUCAACUCAAGAGUUGAAGCAGGUCCUCACAAGCACUAAAAAGUUUCAAAUGGCUCUCAAAACAAAAAGAGAAACUAUUAUCGAUGAUGAGGCUAAAGUAUGGAAUCCUGUUUGGCCAAGUUCGAUUCGUGCAAAGGUUGGUAGCGUGUUAACAAGUUUACUCCUGGAAGCUGCAAAGAUUCCGGUUCCUAGUAGAGAUCCAGAAACAGGAAAGAAAAUUGUUGAAAACAUACCCGCGUUUUUCCAUACUUACCAAUACGUACUUGGUAAACGUGUUGGUAUUAUCAAGUAUGCCGAACAACUAACAGAGAUGCUCUCCCGUGAACCUAUUCGUGAUACCCUUCAUCCUCGUUUAUUACCUAUGCUAGUUCCUCCUCGUCCAUGGUUGACUUACUCUUCUGGCGGCUAUCUUUCUGCAAAGUCAGUUUGCAUGAGAGUCAAAGAAUCUGCAGAGCAAUUAAUGUAUCUUCAUAAAGCCUCCGAACGGGACCUUUUAAAAGAUGUCUUGGCUGGCCUUGAUGUGUUGGGUUCCACUUGUUGGAAAGUAAACAAGGACGUGUUUAAAGUGGUGCUUGAGGCUUGGAAUACAGGAGACGAAAUUGCAGGUAUUCCUCCUGCAGUAAAAGGCUCUCCAGAGCUGCCACCUAAGCCUGAAAACUACUAUACGGAUCCUAAAGCCAAGUUCAACUGGGUAUCUAAAGUCAAACAGAUCCAAACGAAGGAAAAGAACAACCAUUCUUUAAGAUGUGAUGUGAAUUACAAAGUUGAAACCGCCCGUGCUUUCUUGAACCUUCCCAUGUACUUCCCUCAUAAUAUGGAUUUCCGUGGUCGUGCAUACCCUAUUCCUCCCACUUUGAACCAUUUGGGCAACGAUCUCUGUCGUGGAUUGUUACACUUUGAAAAAGCAAAGCCUUUAGGUGAAAGGGGCUGGAGAUGGUUAAAGAUCCACUUGGCUAACUUGUAUGGCUAUGACAAACACUCAUUCAACGAGCGAGAACAAUUUACUAUGGAUAAUAUCGAAAACAUUAUGGAUGCCGUUGAUAACCCUUUAACUGGUAGCAAAUGGUGGCUGAAGGCAGACUCACCAUGGCAGUGUCUGGCUGCAUGCUAUGAGAUAGCAGCAGCCGUCCGUAGUGGAUCACCUGAAGAAUUCAACUCCCAUUUACCUAUCCACCAGGAUGGUACAUGUAACGGUCUUCAACAUUAUGCCGCAUUGGGUGGUGAUUUAGCUGGUGCUCGAGCUGUCAAUUUAUCUGCAGGUGAUCGUCCUGCUGAUGUCUAUACGGGUGUAGCAGAUAUGGUUAACAAGUGUAUUAAUGAAGCAGCCGAGAAAGGUGAUGAAUAUGCUAUACUUUUGAAAGGAAAUGUCAGUCGAAAGGUGGUCAAGCAAACUGUUAUGACAAACGUAUACGGUGUCACCUUUGUUGGUGCUCGUGCUCAGAUUGAAGCAAGAUUGAAGGAAAAUCCUGCUAUUCCACAAGAUAAGAUAUACCCCUUGGCGUGUUAUCUAGCCAAACUCGUCUUCUCUUCUCUGGGUGAAAUGUUUAACGGUGCCCGACAAAUUCAGGAUUGGUUGACGGACUCUGCAAGACGUAUCGCAAAGAGUGUACCAUUGGAGACUCUGCCAGACUUAGCACCAAAAAAGAAGAAGAAGAACUCAAAGGUCAUCUCUGCUCGUUCUCCUUCAGCGAAUCAAAUGACUUCUGUCAUCUGGACAACACCACUUGGUCUUCCUAUUGUUCAGCCUUAUCGUCGAUCAGGAAAGAGACAGGUUACAACCUUGUUACAAACAGUCUUUAUCGAAGAUCCUGAUGCAACUCGUCCAGUCAACGCGAUGAAGCAAAGUACUGCGUUCCCUCCAAAUUUUAUUCACUCCUUGGAUGCAACACAUAUGCUUAUGUCUGCUGUCGCCUGCCAUAAAAAAGGCAUGACAUUUGCCUCCGUCCACGACAGUUACUGGACUCAUGCUUGUGAUGUAGAUGCAAUGAAUGAAGUUAUUCGUGAUCAGUUUAUCGAGCUUCACUCUCAGCCUAUUAUGGAGAAUUUGCUGGAUGAAUUCAAAGAACGUUACAAGAACUUCAGAGUUCCUGUUGUUAAACCAAUUGGUUCUUCAGAACACAGAAUUGUUGAUGAGGAUGAAGAGAAGAUUGUUGGACCAACACUAUUUGGUAACCCAGAUGUAUUAGAAAAAGAGUUCAAAAAGGAGAAGCAGAACAAAGAAACAGAAAACAAGGACGCAUUCAAGGCCAUCUUUGGUAUUGAAGCCAGUGAAAAUGAUGUUACUGUUGAUGAUGUGGAUGAGGUUGAUAGUGUAGGAAACGAAGAUGAAGAAGAUAAAUCAAAAUCAAAAGAAAAGAAGAAGAUUAGUGCAAGAAAGUAUGAAUAUAGCUGGGAGCCAUUGACUUUUGCACCACUGCCGCCAAGAGGUGAAUUUGAUAUCAAAGAAGUCAAGAAAUCACAGUAUUUCUUCCAUUAA